CCUAUCGCGGGACACCCCUCUCUUUUAGUGUUGAGUUCCAAGAUGGUGGCGUAAGGAGUUCAGAAGUUCGGAAAGCGACCUCGCCAGUUUCUCUGUGGCCAAAACUUAAUUCAGUCAGGAACAACUGGGCAGAGAAAGCUGCUGACUCCUGUUCCACCAUGGUGUUCUUCAACUGUAAUGCCUGUGGGCAGACUGUGAAGAAGAACCAGGUAGAGAAACACUACCUCACCGCCUGCCGCAGCUGUGACAUGCUGUCAUGUCUGGACUGUGGCAAGGACUUCUGGGGAGAUGACUACAAGACCCACACACAGUGUAUCAGUGAAGAAGACAAGUAUGGAGGGAAGGGCAUCACAGGACACAGGAUGACCAAGGGGGAGGCCAAGCAGGAUGCCUGGCUAAAACAAGUGCAGAAGUCCAUGAAUGAUGCCAAUGCUUCUCCACAAGUGAGAAAUCUGUGGGAGAGACUUUCACAGUAUUCCAACAUUCCCAGGAAGAAGGCCAAGUUUGAGAACUUUGUGAAGAACAGUUUACGGAUCCACAACAACCAUCUAGUGACCCAGGUGUGGGAGGUGUUUUCUGCUGCACAGCAACAACAACAGAAGGAACAACAGAAAAAACAGAAGUCGGAAUCAGAACAAAAGGACAAAGAAGAAGUUAUUAAAGAUCAGUUGACAGAAGAGAAAAACUUGGACAGUGAUUCCAAGGAAGACAGUGGUAAGAUCAGUAAACGUCAGAGGAAGGAAGAAAGGAGACUGAAGGCCAACAAGAAAGAGAAAAAAGACAGGUCUAAGAAAAAUGGUGAUGCUGAGACAGUUCCAAAGCAAAAGAAGCAGAAAAAGAGCAAGAAGACAGAAGAAAAUGUACUGGAAAAUGGUUCAAUAGAGAGAAAAAAGGAGGACGAAAAGAUGGAAAAUGAUGAUGCCCUCAGUCCUCAAAAAGCCAAGAAGAAGAAAAGAAAGCACCAAGACCUUGAAGAAGAUACAGGCAAAGAGAAAAUUGCAGAAGACAGUAAUAUAGACAACAGUGGAGAGCAACCAAAGAAGAAAAAGAAAAAGUUGGAACAACCAGAAGAGGAUGUGGAGCAACCGUCCAAACCAGCUAAAUUCCCAUGGGAAUCAGUGAUUAGUACAGUACUUCUCAAGGCAGAUGACCACGAGCUGUCUGUCAAGAAACUGAGGAAAAAGGUGCUUGCUGAGUUCCAUGCUCAGGGAGGGGAUGGCAAGACAAGAACUGAGGAAAAAUUGUUGGCAGCCUUCGACAAGAAGGUCAACAAGAACCCAAGGUUCAAGGUCACAAAAGAAUAGAGUCAAACUGGUCCAGUAAUUUGUUAACUAAACAUGUUAGUUGAUAAAGUUCUGGUUACAUGAUAACUGAGUCAGUGGUUUAUCAUUUGUUAUAAACUCUGUCAGAGACAUCUGUGGCUGUCUGCCAUCUGUUUAUAUCUGAGAAUAAGAUUGGGGUUUUGAUUGGAGGCAGCUAUAGAUUUAGUCAACUAAUUUUGACAGAACUAAAAGCUUAAAUAUGGUAAGUUAAUACUAUCAGUCCACAAUAGCAACUUUUUUGUCGGUAAGCAUCGAUUCUUUGCCAUGUUUGAUAUUUAAUUCUGUUAAAAUAAUUUUCUACAGCAGUGUAGUCAACACUUUGAACAAAAACCAUGUACACUUAUUGGUUCAAACACAUCCAUUUUGCAGAUUGAUAUUAAA